CCCUCAUCACAUGGAUGGUUGUCUAUUAACUUGUUCAAAAAGUAUCAGGAGUUGUCAAGGCUCUGCUGAAGGGGGGAAAAAGUAGUUUGUUGAUUCUUAAAGACCAAGUUUGUGGACACAGCAAGAACAGCAGAAAAACAGAGAAGACGUUUAUUAUAUAGUUUAGUAAAGUUACUGAAAGCUGCAACGUAGCAAAACCGCGAACUACCUCUGGUUUAUUAUUAUUAUUAUUAUUAUUAUUAUUAUUAUUAUUAUUAUUAUUAUUAUUAUUAUUAGAGUGUGUAAGAGGUAUCACAAAAAUCAGUUUGAAUGUACAGCAUGAUGGAAACCGAGCUCAAACCCCCUGCCCCUCAGCCACAUUCUGGGGGCACGGGGAACUCGAACGCUUCUGCAAACAACCAGAAAAACAGCCCGGACCGAGUGAAGAGACCUAUGAACGCAUUUAUGGUGUGGUCGAGAGGGCAAAGGAGAAAAAUGGCGCAGGAGAACCCGAAAAUGCACAAUUCAGAAAUCAGCAAAAGACUCGGUGCCGAAUGGAAACUUUUAUCCGAAUCUGAGAAGCGACCUUUUAUCGAUGAAGCCAAGCGUCUCAGAGCUCUCCACAUGAAGGAACACCCGGAUUACAAAUACAGACCGAGGCGGAAAACCAAGACUCUGAUGAAGAAGGACAAGUACACUCUGCCAGGUGGACUUCUCGCUCCGGGCGGCAAUGCGAUGAACAGCGGGGUAGGUGUAGGGGCUGGCAUGGGUGCCGGGGUCAAUCAAAGGAUGGACAGUUAUGCACAUAUGAAUGGCUGGGCCAACGGAGGCUAUGGUAUGAUGCAGGAGCAGCUGGGCUACCCGCAGCACCCGGGUUUAAAUGCUCACAGCGCUGCACAGAUGCAGCCCAUGCACCGCUAUGACAUGAGCGCCCUUCAGUACAAUUCUAUGACCAGUUCACAGACCUACAUGAACGGGUCGCCUACCUACAGCAUGUCAUACUCCCAGCAGGGCACCCCUGCAAUGACUCUGGGCUCCAUGGGUUCGGUGGUCAAGUCAGAAUCCAGCUCAAGUCCACCGGUUGUCACAUCAUCCUCUCAUUCGAGGGCUCCCCAGUGCCAGCCCGGGGACCUUCGGGACAUGAUCAGCAUGUAUCUGCCCGGAGCUGAAGUACCAGAACCAACUGGCCAAAGCAGACUUCACAUGUCACAACAUUACCAGAGCGCACCUGUACCCGGUACAACCAUUAAUGGCACACUCCCUCUAUCACAUAUGUAAAUUAACCUUUACUAUAGAAACUGGACUUCUUUGGACUAUUUUUGUACAGAACUUUUUUGUUUGUUUGUUUUUUGUUUUUUGG